UUCCCACCUACAUUACCUGCUCCUGCUGGCUACUUAGUGUCUCUGUCCACUUGCACUUCCGGCUCGGCUCGAUUUGGACGGACCAAUUCCCGCGACAUCAUAAUCAGAGUGUCAGCAAUUUCACUUACCAAGGCGCUCUAAUCAACCAAGCAUUGGCCAGUCUUCUGUAUACAGGCCCCCUCCCCAGCAAAGAUGUCGACGACGACGCUGGGACUUUCGUGCCCGGCUGGAGGCAAGUUCUACAUCUGCGACAAGGCGGUGACACGCUUUAUCGGCUGUUGCGCAAUCGACCCAUGCGGAGAUGGCACUGGCGACUGCCCCAUCGAGCAUCUCAAGACAUCGAGCUUUUCCUCUGAUGCCUAUGCCAACAUCCCCGCACAAAGCUGUGCAGCCCCAUCCGGCAAUCAAACAUGGUUCACCUGCUCCCAAAUGCAGCCCCCGUUCAUGGGAUGCUGUGGCGGAACAAAUCCAUGCCAAUCCAACGGCUGUCCCCAGGGGGACCUCCUGCCCGCCAAGCUGAGCGACGUCGAGGCCGAUGCGCAAGUGUUCCUGGACAUCGCGCAUGGAUCAACAGGACAGCAAAGCUCCGGGCCGCCACUAGGAGCCAUCAUCGGUGCUGCCGUUGGAGGUGCAGUGCUCAUCGCUCUGAUAGUCGGGUUCAUCGCAUAUCGAUGCGGCUGGUUCGCUCGGCGGAGGCGGGAAGAGAAGAGCACGAAGAACACGGAGUAUGAGGCUACAAAGCUAUACGACGCGACCAGUGAUGGGGGAUUUGGGGGCCUGGCUGCCUGUAAGUUGCCCCUCCCCAUUUGCAUUAGGUAUUGGAUUCGAAGUUCUAACGCAGAUGUUAGUGCACUCCGGGACGUACCCUGGCAGCGACUGGCCUGAGCAUGAGCGACUUCGUAGCGAGAGCGGAUCUCCGGCACCUCAAUACUCGUCACAAAGCCCAGGCUUCGCCCCAUACUCGCCUGGAUCCUUCUACAACAAACGCUACUCCGAUGUUGCAGCGGAC